AUGUUCGCCUUCGCCACCAUACUACUCCUAGUUGCAUGCCUUGCAGCUGCGGCCCCACAGCGUCGGUUAGACCACGCACCCCCGCAAUCGUGGGGCAAUGGCCCGGUGCGCGGCGUAAACAUUGGCGGAUGGCUCGUGCUCGAGCCGUGGAUCACCCCGUCUCUCUUCACUGGAAAGCCCGACUGGGUCAAGGAUGAGGCGACGUACGCCCGCUACCAGCUUGGCCAGCCUCAGCCGUAUGGAGAAAUCGGGCGGCACUGGGACACAUGGAUCACAUAUGACGACUUUGCCAAGAUCGCCGACUCGGGCCUCAACACCGUCCGCAUCCCCGUUGGCUUCUGGUCGCUUGUUCCACUUGUCGAAGGCGAGGUGUUCAUGGUCGGCGCGUUCAACCACCUAAAGAGGGCGGUCGGGUGGGCCAAAUCUGUCGGCCUGCAGGUUAUGCUCGACCUACACGGCGCGCCGGGCGGACAGAACACGUGGGACAACUCGGGCCAGUUGGGCGUAAUCAAGUGGUACGACAACAACGUCAACAUGGACCGCACGAGCGCGGCCCUAAACGUCCUUAUGCGCGAGUUCAACCGUGCCGAGUGGGCCGGCACCGUGACCAGCGUGUGCGUACUCAACGAGCCGAACCCGCACCUGUCCAAGGCCCCCGCCCCGAUCGACUUCCUCAAGACAUUCUAUCGUGCUGCCUACAGCCUUAUCCGGGACCAGAGCCCAGCCACUCCGGCCGGAGGAGGUAUCGUGGUCAUCAUAUCCGAGGCAUACCAGAGCCUCGACUACUGGAAGGGCUUCAUGCGCUCCCCGCAGUACACGCGCGUUGCGCUCGACUGGCACUCGUACCACGUAUUCGAGGACCGCACCCUCGCCCUCUCUUUCGACGACCACAUUGCCGAGUACUGCGCCCUCGUUCCCCAGCUCGUCAACAGCGACGACAACCUCUGGACCGUAGUCGGCGAGUUCACUGCUGCGCCAACCGACUGUGGAGGCUGGGCGUACACCGGCUCGCCGAUCAGGUGGAACCCAGGUAUGGGAGAGCAGAUGGCCAACCCGAACGAGUGCGCUGCCAUAUCAGGUAAGCCCGACACAUGGACGCCCGCGUACCGCGACUACCUCACUCGAUCGUGGGAGACGCAGACGUGGGUGUACGAGAAGGCACAGGGCUGGGUCGCGUGGUGCUGGAAGGCCGAGAAAGCCUUGGACUGGAGCCUCGAGGCGUACUUUGAUGGCGGGUGGCUUACUCGUCCCCGCGACCUCGCCAGCGGCAACCGCAAGUUUGGCAUGCCGUGCCGAAGCAACAGCUUCGAGAACACGUUCAAAGGCGUGAGCUCAGCGUCGCGCUGCACUGCUGUCCCUGGAAUCGCCCUGCUGGCCGGUGGCGCCGCGCUCAUGAUGAUCUGA